AUUGUAGAGAGAGAGAAGCUGACAGACAGAGGUUCAUCCCAUUUGCGUGUGCGCGUCUAGAGAGAGAGAGAGAGAGAGAGAGAAGCAGAGGGAAUGCAAUUGAGGCUUAUCUAGGCUAGGGUUUUCCCCUCUGCACAUCCACGCCGCCGCCGCCGCCGCCUCGCUGAUGGCCAUGAUCGGCGGCACCGACGAGAACGAGCCGGAGGACCGACCUCCCGCCCGCACGCCAACAACAACCCCGCCUUCCUCCCCCUCGCCGCCUCUCCACGGGGCCGGCCUCGGGAGGAGGCUGUUCGGCUCCAUCCGCGCCCUCCUCCCCGCGCGCUCGCCCGUCGCCGCCCCCAACCUCGGCCUCGGCCUCUUGCUCCAUCUCAGGUCCGACCACCCUUUGCUCCACCCCAUCCCGUCUCCGUCUGCGUCCGCCUCCGCGUCCGAGGAGGACGCCCUGGAGCUGGAGGAAGAUGCUGCUGCCGCCGCCGCCGCGGGGCUGCACGUGACGGCCAACGGCCGGUACGGGCUCGGCGACGGUGCUGCCACGUCGGCUCCGGCAAACACCACGUGCAGUCGGCGGGCGCUCCACCUCCCCGAGCCGGCGGCGGACGCGGGCGGUGAGCUUCAGGAAGAGAAACUCGUGGGGGGCAAGGAGAAGGUGGUGGAGCAACGAGGUGCAGCCGACCGACAAGGCGCAUUAGUCAAGGAUGUUGAUGCUGCUGGGUUUGAUCUUGUAGAGUGCAACGCUGAUCCGCUGAGAGCUGCCAGGGAUGCCAUCCACAUCCACCAAAAGGAUGGAACCACAAGUUGCGACAUUGCUUGUGCCGACGACCAAGAGAAGCUGGGACCAGCCAAGACCAAGAAUGCUCAUGCCGUGGAAGAUCAGGAGGCGCUGCUGCCAGAUGUCAUCGUCAGAACGAGUGAAUGUACAGAUACCACUGCUGCCGAAGAUCAAGACCGGGCAGUGCAGCAAUGUCACACUUGUGUAUUGGGAACAACCAAGAAAGACGGUCAUGCCGAGGAUGAUCAGGAGGCGGUGGAGCAAGGUGUCAUCCACAAAGAGGGUUCAACCAUGACCAUGAAUGCUGUCAAAAAUCAUCAAGUGGUGGAGCAAAUAGUCAUGGCCGGAAUGCACGCUACCCUACAUGAUACUGCUGUCCAGGAUCAACACAAGGGAGUGGACGCCACUUAUGACUUGGGAGCUGUCGAGAAUGGUGGUACUGCAGAAGAUCAGGAGGUGGUGGAGCAAGGUGUUGUUGGCAAAGAGGGUUUUACCAUGGAUGAUGAUUCUACCCAAGAUCAGGCGGUGGUGGACCAAUGUAUUGUUCACAAAGGCGGUUUAACCAUGGAUGACAUUUCUGUUGAAGGUCAAGCAAAAUUGCUACAUUCAGUGAAUGAACAUAACAAGGUGGAGAAGAACCAAGGUGUCAUCGACGAAAAUGGCAGACCCAAGGAUGAUAUUAAUGUGGAGGAACAUGACUAUCUGAAGGAACAAACCAUUGAUGCUAAUUGGGGUACAUUCAGUGAUUCUACUCAUUCAGAAGAUCAGAAGAAUAAGGCUUGGCUGUACAAUGGUGAUGAACAGAUAGCACGCAAGGACAUGUAUGCUGUUCACGUGAAGAGGAGCUUUUUGGAUCAAAGGGCCGGCGACAAACAGGGAGCAAAAAAGUCUGAUUUUACUGUUCAAAAGCAUAAGGAUGCAGUAUGGCGUGUUUGUAAUGAACGGAGUGCACCUGAUGAUGAUCUUGUUAUGGACAAGGCAGCUUGUCUGAGUAUCGGAGCAAUUUCAUCUUCUGAGGUGGUUUCAUCCACGGCAAAUGGCAGUGAUGUUGGUAUAGGGAAGAAGGAGAAGGUUAAGUUUCCCAUUAGUUAUCCGCAAAGGCCUGGGAAACUCAACUGCCCCUUUUACAUGUCAAAAGGGAGCUGCUCAUACGGGUUCUCAUGCCAAUUCCAUCACCCACCACUUAAAGCCAAGUCCGAUGGUACAAGGUGUCCCUCUGAACAAGGAAAUCAUGGCGUUGCAGAAAUUCUUGAACUCAACAGCAUUGGCCUCCCCAUACGAGAAGGAGCAAGAAGUUGCACAUAUUAUAUGCGGAAUGGUGCUUGCAGAUAUGGCAAGCACUGUCAUUUUAACCAUCCAGAGCAUGUCGUUGAUUCUCAGUUCUAUGCACCAACAGAGUCGGAGGAUAGUGCUUUGCAAUUGGAGAAGUCUUCUGACCACCACACAACAGUAGAUGAUACAUCACACUUUAAGAAAUCUUCUGAUGAUGCAACCUUGGAUGAUACAUCAUACCCAGAGAAGUCUUCUGACCAUCCAACCUUAGAUGACACAUCAUCUAGCACAUGGGUCCUGCCACCAAACAUAUUAAGAAUGCUUUUACCUCCCCAAAAAGUACCGUCCAGUACAGAAGCAAAGGUGAUACCGGCGAAAAAGGAUUCAAAUUGGUCAUCUACUUCAGAUAAUUCGGAUGGUUGUUGUUCAGCUGAUAGUUCAGAUGCGCCUUUGUGCAAGCAGGAGCAUGUGGGUAGUACAGAUGGACCUUUGUGCAAGCAGGAGCAUGUGGAUUACCCUGAGAGGCCUGGCAGACCAGAAUGCCCCUUCUAUAUGAGAUUUGGUGAUUGUAAAUUUGCAUCAGCAUGCAAAUAUCACCACUCGAAAGACAAAUACCCAACUAGAGGCAAUCUGGAAGUUCCAUCACUGGGAGGGGAACAGACAGAAUAUCCUGAGAGACCUGGGGAACCAGACUGCCCUUUCUAUAUGAAAAACCGGUUCUGUAAAUAUGAAGCACAAUGUAGGUUUAAUCACCCAAAGAAUUCAAAUCCUACAGCGCAGAGCCCAAGAAAUGCAAAAAUUUAUGUUGCCACUAAUGGACAUCGUCAAUCUGCCAGAAUCACACUAGAAGACUAUAUGCCCCAGCAACAGCAGUAUCCUGAGAGACCUGGUCAGCCAGACUGCCAGUACUACCUGCAAUUUGGGAAAUGUAAAUUUCUGUCUGCAUGUAUAUUUCACCAUCCAGGAGAUGGACUUCCUGUUGGGCGGAAUCCCUCAGGUCCAGCUCACUCUGAUCAGAUUGGACCUGCAAUACAUGACAUGCCAGACUGCCCAUUCUAUAUGAAAAGGGGGAAAUGUCAAUUUGGAUCAGCAUGCGAAUUUCGUCAUCCCAAAGAUAUAGGUUCUACUACAGAGUUCCUAUGGCAGCGGACCGCGGGUGUUUGAAGUAUUCACCGAAACAUGCUCACUGGGAAUAAAAUGAUUGCGCUAUCCAUGGAUGAGUGCUAGGGCUUGCCUUUUAUUUCUACUAAAUAGUUGAAUUUUUAUUUCGCAGAAGUAGAACUGUGUCAUGUCACCCACCUGAUAGAGAAUAGAUGCUCAAUUGAUACCCACCACUGACGGCUAAUGGUCGCUGUUCCUAUUGCACAAAUGGACUGCUAAUGUUUGAAGUAUUAACAAAAAAUGCUCACUGGGGAAAAAUGAUUGUACUAUCUAAGGACUUACGGAUAUUAAUUAUUGGUUAUAUCUGUGUAGUAGCAAAUUUUUUUAUCUACAUCCUCAAGUGCAGUGCUAUCAUGUUCUGGUUGAAUUUCAGUUCUCAGAAGUAGAACCGUGUCAUGUCACCUCUGAAACAAAACAGAUACUCAGUUUAUCAGCAGUAAAAUUAGGUCAUGUCACCCAACUGAAACAAAUUAGAUGCUCAAUUGUUAUCCACACAUUUUUCUGUGAUUGUUUUUUACCUGUGAUGCUCA